GGGGCAGCGCAUACACUACAAUGGCUGCUGGAAAGAGGCGUAAGGAAACAAUUUCCAGGCCCGCCGCGUCCAGCCCGAAAUAUGAGAAAAAAAUUAUUAGAAAUUCCGCGGGCGGUGUAAAGGCGGCGGACGGGCCGGAGGGAGGAUGUUAAAGCCCCGCGGUUGCCUCUUGGUGCUGCCUUGACCGUAUUUGGCACCCAGAAUGCUUCAUUCUGUGAUGGUCUAUUAAUAAGGUUGCCUUGCUAGAGUUUGGAGCAGGGCCCCAGAUUGGCCAAAAUGGGAAGGACUGGAUUCCGCUCUCUUCCACGAAGAGUCAAUGGAACUGGCUAAGAUCAAGGUCUGACGCUUUUUCCAUCUGUCAUCAGUCCCUUUUUGCUUUCUUUUACGACCACAUGAAACUUGAGAAGCCACCUAAAGCUAAAUCAUUUAGUGGAGUUGGGCAGUUCCCAAGUGUCCAACAAGAAGGCCUGGUUUAGGCUGCGAUGGCCACUGUCAUUCCUGGUGAUUUGUCAGAAGUAAGAGAUACCCAGAAAGUCCCUUCAGGGAAACGUAAGCGUGGUGAAACCAAACCAAGAAAAAACUUUCCUUGCCAACUGUGUGACAAGGCCUUUAACAGUGUUGAGAAAUUAAAGGUCCACUCCUACUCUCACACAGGAGAGAGGCCCUACAAGUGCAUACAACAAGACUGCACGAAAGCCUUUGUUUCUAAGUACAAAUUACAAAGGCACAUGGCCACGCACUCUCCCGAGAAAACCCACAAGUGUAAUUACUGUGAGAAAAUGUUUCACCGGAAGGACCACCUGAAGAAUCACCUGCACACACACGACCCCAACAAAGAGACGUUCACGUGCGAAGAGUGCGGCAAGAACUACAACACCAAGCUCGGGUUCAAGCGGCACCUGGCCUUGCACGCGGCCACGAGCGGCGACCUCACGUGCAAGGUCUGCCUGCAGACGUUCGAGAGCACGGGCGUGCUGCUGGAGCACCUGAAGUCCCACGCGGGCAAGUCGUCGGGGGGCGUGAAGGAGAAGAAGCACCAGUGCGAGCAUUGCGACCGCCGCUUCUACACGCGCAAGGACGUGCGCAGACACAUGGUGGUGCACACGGGAAGGAAGGACUUCCUCUGCCAGUACUGUGCACAGAGGUUCGGGCGCAAGGACCACCUGACGCGGCACAUGAAGAAGAGUCACAACCAGGAACUCCGGAAGGUCAAGACGGAGCCCGUGGACUUCCUGGAUCCCUUUACCUGCAACGUGUCCGUGCCCAUCAAGGACGAGCUCCUCCCGGUGAUGUCCUUGCCUUCCAGCGAACUGUUGUCGAAGCCGUUCACAAACACGCUGCAGCUGAACCUCUACAACACUCCUUUCCAGUCCAUGCAGAGCUCGGGGUCUGCCCACCAGAUGAUCACAACUCUGCCCUUGGGCAUGACGUGCCCGAUAGACAUGGAUGCUGUCCACCCCUCUCACCACCUUUCUUUCAAAUACCCGUUCAGUUCUACCUCAUACGCGAUUUCCAUCCCCGAAAAGGAACAGCCGCUGAAGGGGGAGAUCGAGAGCUACCUGAUGGAACUGCAAGGCAGCGUGCCCCCCUCUUCCCAGGACUCUCAAGCAUCGUCGUCUAAACUAGUGUUGGAGCCGCAGAUCGGGUCCCUGGAUGACGGCACAGGGGACCUCUCCCUGUCCAAAAGCUCGAUUUCCAUCAGCGAGCCCCUGAACACAGCAGCGUUGGACUUUUCUCAGCUGUUUAAUUUCAUACCGUUAAGCGGCCCCCCCUAUAACCCCAUAUCGGUGGGGAGCCUUGGGGUGAGCUCUCCCCAGGAGGAGGAACAUUCUUCUGUGGCUCAGCUCCCGCCACAAACCCAGGAUCUUCCGGAUCCUGCCAGCACCAUAGGUCUGGGCUCUCUGCACUCACUGUCAGCAGCUUUCACCAGUAGUUUAAGCACAAGCACAACGCUGCCACGUUUCCAUCAAGCUUUCCAGUAGGUUCCACGAUGCGGAUCCGUUACAGAAGUGUGUGUGUAGCCCUGCCUUAGGUGACCAUUUUAAUUUUAGUGCCUACUUUCAGACAGUAUAAACAUUUCUGCUUCUGUAUAGUACCAGUUUUCAUUAAGCCAGUAUAAAAUAGAAACUAGCUUUUAAAAUGAGCUUUGGAACCAUUUGUGUUCAGUUAUGUUUACCUGGGUAUUUUGUCCUGACUCACUGCCAACUGUCACAUUUGAAGAUGAUUUCUCAUAUAGGGAAGCCAUUAUUAGUAGUAAAGUCUUACCAACCCCGUGUUCCAAUUACUGUUAGAUCUUAAAUUUUUCAUUUUUUGUCCAAUAACAAUGGCUCUACCUUUUGACAUUUGGCUCAUUAAAAAAUUUUGCAGGAGAGUUAAAUUUUCUAAAAUGUAUAUGAAUGACCUGAGAGUUGUAAAAUUUUUACUAGCCUCUAAAUGGAUUAAGAAUCAAAAGCUUCAAAUGAAUUAAGAAUCCAGUCUGGGGACAUGACGUAUGUUUCUUAGAUAGACCAUAAUUUCAGGUCAGUAUAUUUUGAAGACUUGCUAUCGUCUGGCUCAAAUGUUUGCCGUCUUUAUUAUGCACAUAUAAGAAAAACAAAACCGAAACACAAAGCACCAGUAUCUGUAGCAAAAAGAGACCCCUAGUAAGGUGACACGGCACUCCACGUUACUUAAGAGUUGGCCUUAAAUUAGUACACAGGAUGUUUGUCACGUUUUAUACUUCUUGCUCUCUUUCCGUUCGAUUCAUACUAAUAGUGUAUGGCAUCAGAAUCUUCAGUCAGUCUCUAGAUGGAUCUCUUUCGUCUUUUCCACCUUACAUGGCCAGAGGGUAGGUCAAGCACAGCCAGCAGUUUUCCUUGGAUUGUCAGUGCACAGUCGGUCCAGAGUCCA